UCGUUGGUUCCCAGAAAAACAGCUGUGAUUCUUUGAAGUGCAUUUCAUAUUCAUUUUAGGGUUUGGAGACUUUUACUUGUAACAGUUUUGUACUGAUUUAACUAUUUUUAUGAUUUGUCAAAACAAUGGGAAGCAAGAACCCUAACCCUAAAGACGAAGGAUGGAAUGUGAUAGCGGCAAUGCGGAGCUAGCUCAUGUCAAACAAGUUGUUGCGGAGAAAAUCCAAAACAAAGAUUAUAUCGGCGCAAGGAUCAUCAUACAAAAGGCAUUGAAGAAAUUUCAUAAUUUGGAAUACAAUGAUGAAAUGCUUCUUGUUUGUGAGAUCCUAUGCUCCUCUAAGAUUGAACUCCCGGGCUGUGGCGUAGACUACUACUGGCUUCUGCAGCUCUUCCCUUCAGUAGAGAGUUCGGUCAUUGAAGAACAAUAUCAUAAGCUGGUUUCCUUAUUGAAACCCAUAAAGGAGCAUUUCCCAGGCACUAAUCUGGCCCUCGAGUUUCUGGACAAUGCUUACACUGUGCUCUCUGAUCCGGUUAAACGUGCCGCUUUUGAUGCAAAACGAAAUGGAACACAUUACUGUGAAAAAAAUGGUGACACUGUUCCAUUGUUAGAAGACAGUCAUCAGAAAUCGAAUUGCAUUGCUAAUCAAAUUGAUUAUUAUGAUUUUAAUAACAUUCGGAAACCGGGCCUCUUCUCUGUUGGUCAGGUUUGGGUGGUUUAUGAUGAAGAGAACCGACCAUGUCGUUAUGCUCAAAUAGAUAGUAUCCACCCUGGAUUUCUAAUGCAAGUGAGAUGGUUCAAGCCAUGCCCGGAAUCGAUGUUUGAGAAGCUGUGGUGCAAUUCUGGCUUACCUGCUGCUUGUGGACAGUAUAACAUAGAUACAACUAAAACUACUCUGAAUGGGCAUAUGAUGUUUUCGCACAUCCUUUCAAACUAUAAACUGAAACAAUCGCUCGAGGUAUUUCCUCGAAAGUUCGAGGUUUGGGCUAUUUAUAAAGACUGGAAUACUGAAUGGUGUUCUAAGCCUGGAUUGAGGAAAAGCAGUGGCUUUGAAAUUGUCGAGAUUUUGACAGAUUAUAUGAAAGAUGUUGGUGUUAGUGUUGUCCGUCUGGCAAAGGUUGAUGGAUUCAGGAAUGUGUAUCAGAGAAGGUUAAAGAGAGGAAAGGAGAUAUGUUUUCAGAUUUCUGCUAGCAAUACGGUCAUGUUUUCUCACAGCAUCCCCGCAUUUCGUUUUGUAGGCGGAGAGAUUCAUGGCAUUACUUGUGGCAUGUUGGAGCUUGAUCCUAUGGCUGUCCCUCAUAAUUUGGUCAGUUUAGCUGUUACAACAGCUCAUGAAACAACUGAAGAGAUUAAAUUCAGAAAUGUCGAAAACCAAAAACCAAACUGGUCAGCUAAUGAUUUCAAGGCCGGUCAAGUAUGGGCAGUAUAUGUUGGUCCUGAUGCAAUGCCUCGGGCUUUCGUCGAAGUACAUUAUGUAGUUCCACCCAGUAAAGUAUGUGUGGCAUUCUUAGAAAAUCAUACGAUGACUAAUGAAGAAAGCCUGCCAAUCGUAUGCGGUGUAUUCCAUGCUGGCAAUAGAAUGGUUAGCAUGGAAAUGUCGAGGUUCUCACACAUUGUUGAUUGUCAUAAGAUUUCAAUGAAUUCUUUCUACAGAAUUUUUCCAAGAAAAGGCGAAAUUUGGGCAAUGUACAAGAAUUGGAACAUUAGAUGGAAAAAGUCUGAUUUGGUUGGCUACCAAUGCCGGAUAGUUGAGAUACUUUCUGACUACUCAGAGGAAAAUGGUAUUAGGGUUUGUAACUUGAUUGAAGUGCCAGGAUGCAUGACCUUGUUUCAUAGGAAAUCGCAUGGGGGAUUCCACUUAACACAGCAAAUAUCGAAAAUAGAAAUGCUCAGUUUCUCACAUCAAAUUCCUGCUUUCGCAGUUCGAUUAACAAGAAACGAUUGUAUUCCGCAAGGAUCAUGGUAUCUCGAACCUAAUGCUUUACCGCUGAAAUGGAUCAAUUGAAUUCAUGAUCAGCUACAACAUCCACUUGAUUUUGUCAUACUUGUUUUUGUUAACUUAAGUGUCUUUCUGUGUAUUUCUCAUGAUAUUGUCAAAUCGUGCCGGUUUUGAUCUCUUUGAAGAA